CCUGGCAGGCACUUUGUCACGAGUAAAGCCAUGGCGUCGGUACCUUCCAUCGGUUGCCUUCUGGCCAAAAAUCAGUAUUAUCGAAAGUCCAGUGUUUCUUCAGUGACUUCUCUAACUGGCUCUGAUUCCGUUAACUUCGUAGAUGAGGACAAAUCCCAGCAAGGGUUACCCGAAGUGGCGGAAUCCACCUGGUGGUUUAAAUCCUUUUUCCAUUCAGAAUCUGUGCUUUCCAAUGUGAGAAUGAGAGGUCUGUCUGCUAAUAGCAGUACUAGUUGAUUCUGACAAUCAAGAUAUUCUACCUGCUGCAGUGCCACAUAGGUGACCGUCUACCUGUCAGCACUCCAGCUAUUCCAGAGGACUCUUCUCCAUUGUGAGAAGACAACUUGCCUGAUAUCUCAUCUAUGAGACAAGAUCACAGCAGCCGCCAAUAUAGCAAAAGCUUAUGCACUUCCACAGCAGUAAGACUAUCAUUGC